AUGAGCGGGGCAACUUCGAAAGCCGCCACGGCUUCCCUGGAGAAGCGGCGCGCGAAGCAGAGCCAAAAGGGGGAGCUAAGCGGAGAGACGUCGGAUUCGGAUCGGUCAGGAACCGCCGGCGCGGCGUCGUUGGACAAAAGACGGAAGAAGAAACAGGAUGAGCUAUCCUGAGCAAAAAUGUACCCACCCCAGAGUUGUCAUGCAGAUUUGCAGCUACAGGAAGAUUUGUAAUGCGCAUCCACAUGAGAGGCAUUUCCAGUCGCGUUUUGCGCUUUGUAAUGCUGUCGACAGGAUGCGUAGAUGGAUUUGUGUUGCGGCUGUGCUUGCUAAACUGCACUACAAUACAGAGAUGAACUUGUCAUGCUGGACCCCCAGCUUGACUCUGGUGUGGGGACGUUUUUACAUAGGAUAUGAGCUUGCCGCGGAGACGAGCGAAAGUGUAUUGACCGAGGAGUCCACGGAACAGUCCGAGUCGUCGGCGCGGUCGUCCUCAAAGAGCGUAUCAAAUGUAAAAAUGUCUGGGUCUGGAAGAAUUCAUGUUUGUCAUGCUUGUCUGGCAUGACUGUUAAAUCUGUCAUGUACGUUACCCAAGAGCUCCGUUUUUCUGUGAUGCAGAAGCGCAGUUUGUCAUGCGGAAUAGGCAACACCGAGGAGCUCAGAAACUUGUCAUGCUGAGCCAGCAUUUGGAGCCUCAUCAUGAGACGCCACCCAGCAUCACAAGUUUCCAGACCCAGACAUUUUUACAUUUGAUAGAACGGGAAGGUGGGCAAGAAGAAAUCUUUGAAAAAAGCAGCUACUCUGUCGCCGGAGGAGGAGGCAACCGCCGGUGAGUUGGCGAAGAAGCUGGGGCUGCAGACCGCGUACGCGAAGAAACUGGCCAAGCACCUGGGCGACCCGGACCUGCAGGGCAAGAACUUGCCGCCGCCGCAAAAUGCCAAGGACAAAAAGGCUCUGCAAAAUCUCGGAUUUUUGGGUAACGACCUCAGCGUCGAGCAGCUGCGGGAGCUCGUGAAGCCGACGGAGCUGGUCCCGAACCAGGCCGGCGGGUUGCGCUUGAACGUUGAAGCCGACUUGUCCGCCCCACGGGACGCGGCCUCCGCGGAGCGGGCCGCGCCGGCAGAGCUAGAAAAUAAACGAGAGAAAAACAUUGUCGGAUUGGACGCCGGGGUCGAUCUGGAUGCGGUGGCUGGCACAGACCCGGGGGAGCAUGGUAAGAGAAGUGCGAAAGCUAAGAGCGUGAAGAAGAAGUCGUCCAAAAAGAAAUUGGACAAGGAAGCGGGACUGGAGACCGAAGACUCCGCCGAGUCCGGGGAAGAGGCAAAGUUCUCGGUGAUCGGCGGCAGGAAGAAGGAUUCCAAGAAGGCGCAGCUCGGGAAGGAGAGCGACCUGGACACCGGCAGCGAUCGGGACAGCGGGCAGCGAGCCACGAAGGCUAGUCUGAAGGGGUCGAAGGUGAAUAAACGGAGUAAGAAGUUGGACAAGGAGCAGACGCUUGCGGCGGCCAGCAGCGAUGAGGGGAAAGAAAGGGCUGAGAAGCUCGGGCUGCAGGAGGCAACGGCCGGGGGACGGGCGUUGCCUGUCGAUGCGGCUGCUCUUGCGGCAGAAGCGGACGAGGAGUCGGAGAAUGCGCUGGCGGGAACAAGGGCGAAGCGGAGUAAGAAGGACUCGCAGCGGCUGUCGAGGGAGGCUAAGUUGUCCGCCGAACGCUCGUCCGAGCCCGGGGAGAAGGCGAGCGGGACGGGUUUGAAGUCGGGGAAGAAACAGAAAAAGAAGGACUUGGGAGGCGACGGCGAUGUGAGUACGGAACGAGAUUCCGAGCCCGGCGAGACCGCAACGCAGCUGUCGCUACGCGGCUCCAAGAAGGAAAAGAAGAAGAAGCUGGAUGCAGGUGCUGAUCUGAGCGCGGAAGCAGAGCCGGAACUGGGCGAGACGGCAGGAAAAUCGGAGCUCAGGGGCUCCAAGAAGGACAAGAAAAAGAAGCUAAGCGCAACAGCGGAUCUGAGUGGAGAAUCCGACCGUGCGGCCGGGGAAACCGCAGAAAGUUCAUCGUUGCAGACGGGAAAGAAAUCGAAGCGCCGUAGCCUAGGGGCGGACAAACAGUUGGCAACAACUGUGGAACGCGUACUUACUUCUUGCUAUUCGAUUUUGAUUUUGUUUUUGCCUUGCCAUUACGGCCGUGCAGUUUGCCAUUUUGAUGCCGCGCAAUUUCAUCUUGAACGCCUCAUGUAGAGAAGUACUUGAAUAUCAUUAAUACGUUUACACAAUUUUUGCAAAAAAUUACUACAACAGACCGACGCCGAGCGCACGCUUCGCAAGGCCGGCAUUGACAAAGGAUACGCCAAGAAGCUUGCGGUGGCACUUGCCGACCCGAAUCUGGACACCGACCUGCUCCCAGCGCCCCCGCCGGGGGUUAACGCGAAGAAACUCGAAGAGCUUGGUUUUGGACAGGGGGAAACGGUGGCGAAUAUGCGGGUACGGGUGAGAGAGACGAAAAAGAAACUCAAGCUCGAGAAGGAGCGGCAGCUAGCGCUGGCGCGGGAGGCCGGGCCGACGGAGCACGCGGUCGUGGGUCCAGACGGCGCGACGACCGUGAAAGUGGAAAAGAAACAGAAAUUGCGCGCGGAACAGGUGGUCACAGCAACGCCGGAGCGCGCCGAAGUGGAGAGUCUCUUGCUACAAGCCGGGAUCGGGAAAAAGUAUGCGAAGAAACUCGCCCGGAAAUUAGACGAUCCAGAUCUCGAUGCGCUCCCCCUGCCCCAGGACGAGAAAGAUCUGACCGUGUUGGAUUCCCUCGGCUUCACCGGCGACAAGGAAUCCGGUUUGACACAGAUGCGCGGGUGGGUCAACGCGCAGGCGGCAGCCAAGCGUAUGAAAAAGAAGCUGCCCAAGGACUUGGGCACUAGUAUGCAAACCAAGCUCGAGUACGGUGCUGCGGAGAAGGCACUGUUGAAAGCGGGUUUGGAUACGCAAAAUGCCAAGAAGAUUGCGGAAAAAAUCACAACGUCACCCGAGCUGCACGCGGAGGAGAAUCUGGCGAACGUUGCGGACGAGAAAACUUUGAAACUUCUCGCUACCCUCGGGUUCGACGCCAGCGAAACCGUGGGACAAACCGCGAACUGGGUGCAGGCGCAGGUGAGGGAGCAGAAGCGCCAAGAAACGGCACUGACGGCCAUGACUUUAGAGCGAGGCAUCGCCGAGCAAGCGCUUCUCUCGACCGGCAUGACGGCGAAGUAUGCCAAGAAGGUGGCGAAGCAGAUCGCCAACGCAGACCUCACCGCGGAGGAGGCGCUGGAAGAGGCGGACAACGAGAAAGAUCUGCAGAUCAUGAGGCACCUUGGUCUGUUCGGCGAUACCGAGACGGUGGGCACGAUGCGUGGGCUCUUGCAUCAGAAGCUCGAAGCGAAGUACGGGGUGGACGAGAGUGGAAAUUUAAAAUUGUCCGCCGACGUGGCCAUUGAUUUUGGCACCUCCGAGGAGGCGUUUGCCCAGGCCGGUUUUUCUCUACAAACGGCAAAGAAGCUUGCGAAGAAAGUGGUCGAGAAAGAGUUGGAACAAAUAGAGGUGUUGAAACAAGACAUGAACGCGAAGGAACUGGAGCUCAUGGAGACGCUGUACGGCGGUUUCGGUGGCGCCACGGAACUAAAUGAGCAGAUGGAGGGUUUUGUGAAACGCCAGGUGGCCAUGAAGCAGAAGCGCGUGUCGCUCGACCUGUCGACGAUGCGGGUCGCGGACGUGGACUUUGGAAACGCAGAAGAGAUUCUCGUCUUGCAAGGCUUCCAGCCGGUGCUGGCGAAGAAGGUGGCCCGGAAAAUCGUGAACAAGAGCGUUGGCAGUGAGGUUCAACAUCUCACGGAGGACUUCACAGCCGAGGAAAAGCAAGCGCUGGCGGAUCUCGGCGUUGCCCCAGACGGCAACCUGACGAACGAGGCGCUCGAAGAAUUGAAGGACAAGAUCGAGGACGAACUCGACGCGAACCCAGCACAGUACGCUCCCUCUGCGAGAAAAUCGAGCAGGAAGUCGAAAGAGAAGGGGGUUGAAAUUGAUGCGGAAGAGAACAAACAGCGGAAGAGUAAAGCGCAAGUUGUUGUACCUCCCGAGGAACCGCGAAAGAUGGGACAAAGACCACAAGGAGGACCCCAAAAGGCGGAGAAGCCGAGUGCGUUCAUGCAGAUGUGUUGUUGCUGCCUGCUUCCACCAGAACAAGAGGAGGAGGACCCAUACAACGCCGUCGAUAGUUCUAGAGCUAGAAAAUCGAAGAAAAAAGCCAGAAAAGAACCGGCGAAUUAUGAAGACCAGCCCGAGGACGCCGUUCCGUUGUUGCUCGAAGUGGAGAAAACAGACGAGAAAACAAGCGCACAAGCAGAGGACGAUUUCGACUACGGGCCGACAGCACAGCUACCGUCGUUGACGGCGCAGGGCGUGGAUGACGGCAUCUCACAGGUCGUGAUGCAGGCGGAGGCCGAGCAGGCCUUGGUCGCGGUCGGUUUUCAGCUGCACCAAGCGAAAAAGCUCGCGACGAAGAUGGCGGACAAGGCCGGCAAUGCCGACGAGCAGCUGGACGAGGAGGCAAGAGCAGCGGCGGCCAACGGAGGGCUGUUGUAUCAAAUGUAAAAAUGUCUGGGUCUGGAAGAUUCAUGCUGUUUUUGCAUGACACAGAAGGUCUGGCAUGGAAGCUCUAGCAUCACAGGUUUCGAGAAGCCUCCGUACUGCCGAACCCGCAUGAGAAAUCCCCCAUUUUGGUGACAGAAUUGAGCAGCUUUUGCUGCCUAUGCAUGAGAGAUUUUUCUGUGUUCGAAAAUGCGCAUCACAAGUUCGGAUCCUUCCAGACCCAGACAUUUUUACUUUUGAUAUGUUGACCGCGGAAACCAUGACGAUGGGGGGGUUGACAAGUAAACUGAUGGCGGUGCAGUCGCAGUGUUUUAUCCAAUCCUUGUCCCCAACGAGCUUUGUGAACUACAGUCACCAACGGGACAACAAUGGAGCGACGUCGAUGUUGCAAAGUGCGGCGAUGCAAUCGAUUCAGUCGGGCAUUACGUCGGGCGCCGUGCCCAUAUCCGACUUGACAUCCACCGGCUUCCAGGAUUUUGACCCGAACGUGGUGCAGCGAGAGGCUGGGGUUAGCAAAAAAGAGGCGGCGAAAAAACGAAUACUUGAGAAAAAUGCUUAGAAGAUAGAGGUCGUUGUAAACAAGUACUACAUUAGAAAGAAAAUUCCGUUUCGUCAUGUCAGUGUAUGAUUUUGAGUACUGUACUGCUUCCCGUUUCUUUUUACAUUAUUUUGGUUUGAUCCACUGGUAGAAGAAGUUGAAGUUCUUGAAGUUCCAUUGUUCCUCUCUGUACCGACUGUUAAAAUGAGAGUUUGAUGGAGUGCGCACUUAUUUGUGUACUACUACUAUGCUCUGAAGAA